AUGGCCUUCCCCUUAUCUGCUUCCAUUCUCACUCCCCACCCUAACUACCUAACCCUCAAUUCUAGCUCAAUUUCUUCAUUCACCUCCCAUUUUGCUCGUGCAAACUCUCAUGUUCCUCGACGAUCAACAAUGGCGAGAUAUCUUUCUUUUAAAUGCAAUCGCAUUUUGGCAAAAAGGGAUAAUGGGUCUACAGAGUCAAUGAAUGCGCAAAAUCAGAGAUCCAGCUUAAUGUCAUGGAACGAACUAGGACGGAAGCAGCUUGAGAGGGCCUGUGCAACUGUCUUUCUUUUCCUUCAGCUGGCAUCUCCAUUUCCUUUGACGGGCCACGAUUCUUGGUUCAUACCUAAUGCUGAGGCAGUUCUUUAUUCUCCUGAAACGAAAAUCCCACGAACUGGAGAGCUAGCUUUGAGAAGAGCAAUCCCUGCUAACGUGAAUAUGAAAGCUAUUCAGGAUUCUCUGGAGGACAUAUCGUACUUGCUGAGAAUUCCACAGAGGAAACCAUAUGGAACAAUGGAAGGGAAUGUAAAAAAAUCUCUCAAGAUUGCUGUUGACGAAAAAGAAUCUAUUUUGUCUAGCAUGCCGGCUGAAUCUAGAGAAAUGGGUUCUGCACUCUAUGAUUAUCUCACAGAUGGGGAGGAUGGGUUGAAAAAGCUUCUUGAAAGCAUAAAAGAUAAAGAUGCGGAUAAAGUAUCCGUCGGCCUUGCAUCUACUCUGGAUACUGUUGCACAGUUGGAGUUGUUACAGGCUCCAGGGUUGUCAUUUCUGUUGCCUGAGCAAUACCUAAAUUACCCUAGGCUUACAGGAAGAGCAGUUGUUGAAUUUGCAAUCGAAAAGGGCAAUGGGUUAACUUUUUCUCCUGAAGCUGCAGGUCAACCCAGAAACACCGCAAUAAUUCAGGUUGUGUUAGAUGGGUACUCAGCGCCUCUUACGGCAGGGAACUUUGCAAAACUGGUGGUUGAUGGGGCUUAUAAUGGAGUGAAACUUAAUUGCACAGACCAAGCUAUUCUCUCUGAUGGUAAUGCAGCAAAGGAUAAGGGUUAUAGUGUCCCCUUAGAAAUAAAGCCGGCUGGCCAAUUUGAGCCGCUCUACAAAACGACACUCAGUGUCCAGGAUGGUGAGCUGCCUGUGCUUCCACUAUCAGUUUAUGGUGCAGUGGUCAUGGCUCAUAGUGAGGUCUCUGAAGAGUAUUCUUCCCCAAAUCAGUUUUUCUUCUAUUUGUAUGACAAGAGAAAUGCUGGCCUAGGAGGGUUAUCGUUUGACGAAGGCCAAUUUUCUGUCUUUGGUUACACGACCGCUGGACGUGAAAUUUUAUCUGAGAUCAAAUCUGGUGAUGUGAUCCGGUCCGCAAAGCUGAUAGAAGGCCAAGACCGCCUUGUUCUGCCCAAAGAAAGUUGA